CAGAUAGAUUCUCGUCACAAUAUUGAUAAACAGGUUUGCUCAUAAUGUUUCACAUAUCUAUAUCAUUUAUGUACUUGCUUCUCUACACUAUUCAAAUAUCUAAACUUCUAUACAUAAAUGGAACCGAUAACAGUUAUCGGCAGAUCUAUCUUAUGGAUUUUUUGCUUAUUUUAUGAGAACUUUCACUGUUCUUAGUAGCAUCAGCAAGUAGUCAUGUAAUAAAAUUUUGUUAGACAACAUCAAUCAGAUAUAAAAUCAAUGUCGAUAUAGAGUUCUCAUCGAUCGAUCUGACUUACCUACACUGUUUCGAUCUCUGCUUCUGUGUAUUGAAAGAGAAAAGAGGACACAGAAGUAUUUGCUUUUAUCAAUUAUUUCAUUUGGAUUUGUUUUCUUUGACGAUGAAGUUUCUUUUGAUUUUAAAUUCCUAAAAUCUUUUUAUGUUUGAUUGUAUAUAUUAUAGAGUUUGAUUAAUACUGUCGAAAGACGAAAUACAUUCGAACAAUAUUCUUCAAGUUCACAAUGUCGAUGGAGUUUAGAACAAUCAAAUGAUCAAACAUGGCAAGAACAAAUUAUUUUUAUUGUAUAUUCAAUACUUGGCGUAUUAGAACGACAAAGUUAUUUUUUAUCCUUAAUUGCAAUGCUGGCGUGGAGCAUAACAUUUCAUAGUUUAUUAACAUUAGUUUAUCUUCUUUUGGCAUGUCUUCUUUGGAUAUUAUCUGAUUCUCGAAAAUGGUGUUUAAGAAUGAGUCCAUUUUUUACAAUUUAUGGUGGAAUAUUAUUAAUAUUACAAUAUAUAAGUGGUUUUCGAAUAAGUUUUAAUCAAUUAAAUUUUGCAUAUGAUCGUCGAACUAUGGAACAAAUUGGUAUUCGUAUAGAUGAUUUUCAACCAGCAUUUAUUCCAUUAUUACUUAAAUCCUUUUAUAAGAUGUUUUUUUGGUUAACACUUCGACAAUAUAUUAAUGAAAAACGACUUGCUAAUACAGAAGUAAAUGAAGCUCGUCGAAACAGUAUACCAAAUGAUUCAUAUCCUCGUCGAUUAGGACAAUGGUUAAUUAAUUUAUUAACAAAAUAUUGGAUAUGUGUAUCAUGUGGUAUGCUCUUACUUGUUAGUAUUCAAAAUACUGUCGUGAUCUAUCGAAUUAUUUAUAUGGUAUUUUAUUUAUUUUUUAUUAUUUCAUUUCAAAUUUCAUUUGGAUUUUGGCGAAAAACAGCAGCAACAUUUUAUUUAAUCAUACUUAUUUAUUCAAUGUUAGUUUUAAUUGGAAUAUAUAUUUAUCAAUUCGAAAAAGUACAUGUAUUUUUAUCAGAAAAAUUUAGUAUACAAUUAUUUGCAUCAAUUGGACUUGAAGUUGUUCCAUCAGAUGUUUUAGCACUUAAAUUACUUACACCAAGUACAUUUCUAGUUGUUAAUAUAAUGCAAUUGUAUUAUUUUCAUUCGGGUUGGAUGAAUUUAAUUUCGAUGUCAAGAGUUGUUAAACAUAUGAACGAAGUAUUAGUGAAUUAA